CUCUGUUUAUUCACUGCUAUGUAUGUGCUUGGGAGUGCACUAACAGUCUUCUCAUGUUGAGAUCACAGUCUUUCAAUGAAUCAUAUGGAUAGAUAAACUACACCAUGGGCUCUUUCAAAUACGUAUGUUUGAUGUGGCUUUUGAUUUUUUUUGUGGGAAAUGUGUGUUGUCACACAAUAAAUACAUUUUUUCAACAAAAUUCACUGAAACUGUCAACAAUUGCCAUGGUGUAUACAUCGUCAUUCAUAGCAGGGUCUGCUGGACACGACAGAAGAUUAAAACCACCAGGAGAGGUUUUGGCUAAUCGAAAUGAUCAUAAUGCAAGAGGAUACCUUGCACAGUGGCUUGUUAGUGGAUGUUGGGGUGAAGACUGCAAUGGAGGAGGAAAGCCUAAAUCAAACGAUGAGACUGAAUAUGAAGGUUAUGAUGGAUUUUAUAACAACAUGGCUAAACCUGACCUUGGAGCCAUAGAUACACCACUCUUACGAAGGGUUCCAGCAGCGUAUGCAGAUGGUGUUUACCAGCCAGCAACAAAGAACAGGCCCAAUCCUCUGGUUCUCAGCGAACAGCUCAUGAGUGGAAACAUUGGAAACAGAUCGAAUACCGGAAAAUCAGCUUUGCUUGUAUACUUUGGUCAACAAGUUGUGGAAGAAAUUCUAGAUGCACAAAGGCCAUCAUGUCCACCAGAAUAUUUCAAUAUUGAUAUACCCAUGGGCCACGAAUACAGAGAGGAUAGUGGUCCGACUAUUAUGCCAGUCCUCAGAACAAGAUUUGAUAUGAACAGUGGCUUAUCUCCUAAUAACCCUCGGCAACAGCUGAAUGAAAUAACACCUUGGAUAGAUGGAGGUUUAGUAUAUGGAACUACAAAAACAUGGUCAGAUGUACUGCGGACAGAUGAUGAUGGGAAUCUUGUACCUCAUGGAGAGCUUGCUUCAUCUACAGGAGGACUCUUCCCAGCACUGAACAAGCAACGUCUACCCAUGGCCAAUCCACCACCACCAUUUUAUCACAGUACCUACGCCAAGCGACACUCUACAGAUCCUGUGGAAAGAUUUUUCAAACUUGGUAACCCAAGAGGAAAUGAGAAUCCAUUCCUACUAACAUUUGGAAUUCUAUGGUUUCGAUGGCAUAAUAAAUUGGCACGUAAACUACAUGAGCUGAAUCCGGAGUGGACUGAUGAAAAAGUGUACAAUGAAGCACGCAAGUGGGUUAUAGCAACUCAACAACACAUAACUGUCAACACAUGGUUGCCACAAUUGCUGGGGACACCAUUGCCAGAGUACAAAGGAUAUGAUCCAUCUAUCAAUCCACAGAUUGAUCAGUUUUUCCAAUCAGCUGCAUUUCGAUUUGGACACACACUUGUGACACCAGGUGUUUACAUCAGAGACUAUGCACGAAAUGGAUGUAAAGUGGGUGUCCUUGGUGACAAAUUCAAAACAGUGCGGACCUGCCAACAUUACUGGAGACCAUAUGAAUCCAUCACAAGGAAAUAUAAUAAUGAAACAUCAGAAUUUGUUGACAUUGAUCGUCUGCUUAUGGGAAUGGCAAUGCAGAUGUGUGAAAGAGAAGAUAAUGUGAUUGUUGAAGAUCUCAGAGGUAGAGUAUUCGGUCCUUUGGAAUUUUCACGUCGUGACCUCAUGGCUCUGAAUAUUCAACGUGGCCGAGACCACGGGCUGCCCGAUUUCAACACAGCUCGGCGGGCAUACAAACUGGAGCCUAUCAAAGACUUAACAUAUUUCAAAGAUAAAGUACCUGAUAAAAUUUGGGAAAAUCUCAAUACACUUUACAAUGGUUCGGUGGAUAAUUUGGAUGUCUGGGUUGGAGGCCUGCUUGAAACGACAAAGAGGGGACCUGGUAAACUCUUCUCAGCUAUUAUCACAGACCAGUUCCAGAGAAUACGCGAUGGUGAUCGCUUUUGGUAUGCCAACAUAAAUAAUGGGCAUUUCACUGGAGACGAAAUUCAACGUAUAGAAAACCUGACAGUUUAUGAUAUUAUUAUGUCUGUGACAGACAUGGACCAUGAUGACAUUCAAAGAAAUCCAUUUGUUGUGCCUUUACAUGGAGACAAUAUAAAUUCCAAAUGUAAAUUAGAAAAAAGUACAUGCCUGAGUAUGACAACAGAUGAAAAUUUAACAUGCUACCAUCUACCACUUCUUAAUUCAUCUAAAGAUGUUGAGGCCUGCACCACUUUGGAGACAUAUGACUACUUCAAAAACAGUGAAAAAGCAUUUAUUGUAACAUACCUUGCUUGUGGAGUUCUCAUAAUUGUUUUUGGAGUAUCACUGUGGGUGUUGGGAGCCAACAAGCAGAGGAAAGUGAUGGAGAUGAAGCAAACAACUGCAAGUCAAAUGAGAGAAUCCUUCCGGAAGGAAUGUCAGCAGCAGAUAACUCCAUACUCUGUUCUUGAAUGGGUGGAUCACAACUGUGCAGCACGUGAGGUACUACUCGUGCUAGAGAAAUCCCGCAAGCAGAUUCAGAUUUUAAACCACCGUGGGCAACUGCUACGUGCCAUGGACCUUACACAUGCUGGAGUCAUCCAAGUGUUUAUUAUAGCUGAUGGCCACCAUGUUAUGCUGCGUGUCACUAAUGAUUAUGAUCUGGUCAUAAAAUUUGAAGCAGAUCUGAUGCGUACAAACUUCCUUCGGAAUCUGGAGGAGUUUCUGAAAGAAUUGAACGUAAGGCAAGAGAACUUCACAACUCCACUUCAGCCUGCUCUUCGGCAAGCUGUCACUCGAAAGGCACGCCAAAUGAGGCUUGAGAAGUUUUUCAGGGUUGUCUUCUCACAGGCUUUCAACAUUUCCCGAUCUUUGGCUGUAAAAGAGCCACUCAGUGCUGGAGCCGCAAAGGAAGUAAUUUAUACAGAAUUAACAAUAAAUGAGUUUGCUGAAGCACUGAGUAUGAGGGCUGACUCAGAAUUUGUAAGAAAGAUGUUCGCUUUAGUGGACAAAGAUCACAAUGGCUUUAUUUCCUUCAGAGAAUUUCUUGACAUGCUUGUAAUAUUUUCAAAAGGAACAGCCGAAGAUAAAGUGAAGUUGAUGUUUGAUAUGUAUGACAUAAAUGGUCAUGGUAAACUAACAAGAGAAGACUUCAAAGACAUGAUCAAGUCACUGAUUGAAACUGCUAACUCUGAUGUUGAUCAAACUCAUCUGGAUGACCUCAUAGUGUCAAUGUUGCGUAAUGCUGGUUUGGCAGACAAGGAUGUCAUAACGCUUGAAGACUUUCAAAGCCUACUUACUGAUUAUAAGGACAAGCUGGGAUAUACACAACUAAAUUUCCCAGGAAUUCAAGGAUAUCAAAAUGUUCUUCCCAACAGAAGUACACAGUUCGAGAAGGCUAGAUAUACAGUAUUCAGCAUGUAUGGUGGUUCUAAAUAUUCUGGAACAGAGAGAGAGCCACUGAACGUUACGAGCAGUAUCAUGCCAGACCAAGAUAUUACAUUACAUACAAAGAGCCUAGAUGAUUCACAAAACACAACGUACUUCACAUUGGUAUCAACUGUUGCAAAUUAUAGCCGUGAAAUCUUCUGGGUCACUUUGUACACACUUGUUGUGAUUGCAAUAUUUGCUGAGCGAGCUUACUACUAUUCAGUGGAAAGAGAGCACACUGGUUUACGGCGCAUAGCAGGCUACGGAGUUACUAUAACACGUGGUGCAGCCUCUGCCAUGAUGUUCACCUACUCUACCUUGUUAGUCACUAUGUGCCGUAACACCAUAACUACACUACGCAACACUGCACUACAUCUGUAUGUGCCUUUUGAUCGUGCUGUACAAAUGCAUAAAUAUAUUGCUGUCUGGGCUGUUGUUUUCACUGUAAUUCAUAUAGUUGGACAUGCUUUCAACUUCUACAGCAUCAGCACACAGCCAUCAGAUGAUCUCUCCUGUUUGUUCCGUAAUUUUCAGCAUUCAACACACGAGAUUCCUAAAUUCCAAUACUGGUGUUGGCAGACAAUCACUGGUGUAACUGGAAUCCUUCUGACACUGCUCCUUGCUCUGGUCUGCAUCUUCUCCACAAGAUAUGCACGGCAGCAUCUGUAUAAUGCAUUUUGGUUGAUACAUUCACUUUAUCCAAUUUUCUACAUACUUAUGUUCCUUCAUGGAAUGGGACGGCUUGUACAGGAACCAUUUAUGGUUUACUUCUUCAUUGGCCCGUGUCUUCUAUUCACAAUUGACCGUUUCGUUACGGUAGCCACUAAGAAAGUGGAACUUCCAGUUGUGAGAGCAGAAUUGCUACCAUCAGAUGUGACACUCCUUGAAUUCAAAAAGCCAACCGAUUGUGAAUACAAGUCUGGACAGUGGUUAAGAUUGGCAUGUCCUGCACUUAAUACAAGCGAGUAUCAUCCAUUCACCAUAUCUUCUGCACCUCACGAGACAAAUCUGACUGUGCACAUUCGAGCUGUUGGCCCUUGGACUCAAAAUAUACGUUCUCUUUUCGAUGACUGCCUUUCUCACGAAAAGCCGCUGCCUAAGGUGCACAUCGAGGGACCAUUUGGCGAAAGUCAUCAAGACUGGUACAGAUACGAGACAGCUGUCCUCAUUGGAGGUGGAAUUGGAGUUACACCAUUUGCCUCCAUUCUUAAAGAUAUUGUCUUCAGAGCUAACUCUAACCGUUUUUCAAGCUGUAAAAAGGUGUACUUUCUGUGGAUAACAAAGACACAAAAACAAUUUGAAUGGCUGGUAGAUAUCAUUAGAGAGGUGGAGAAUGCCGACAUCAGUAAUGUUGUGUCUGUACACAUUUUCAUAACACAAUUCUACCACAAGUUUGAUCUCAGGACUAUUCUUCUGUACAUCUGCGAAAGGCACUUCCAGCGAAUAUGCAACCACUCACUGUUCACUGGUCUACAAGCAGUCACCCACUUUGGCAGACCAGAUUUUCCAGUUUUCUUCAGGUCACUGCAGGCCUUGAACCAAAAGGUGCGGAAAAUAGGAGUUUUUAGCUGCGGACCACAACCAAUGACACAAAGCAUUGACAAAGUAUGUGCCAAAAUCAAUAAAGAAACGAUACAUGGGCCCAUCUUCCAACAUUAUUUCAAGAAUUUCUAGAAGUUAAGAGGAACAGUUUCUCUGAGUAUCAAAACAUUGUGCGGUACAGCUGCAAGCCUAAAUUAGUAAUUUUUUGAAAUAUAAUUGUCACUGUGAUUUAAA